CACUAACAAUGGAAGGAAUUUCAACCUGAACUCCUCAUUCUUCAUCUUCACCUCUGACCCAAUUUCAUUCCUUUCUUCUUUUCUCAAUGUCUUUGAUCGAACGAAAUCAAAUGAGUUCCUCAAAAUCAAGUUCAAGUAGAAACUCAAAUCAAUAGAGAAAAACCAAAUUGUCAUUCCUCAGAAAUAAAAAGUCAGUUUACCCCCUUUAGCGGCGAAUUUAUGCUCGUUUGAGUGAAUCAAGAAAUAGGGGUUUUGUGAUUUUCCAUGAUCAAGAACAGAAAUACCCAAUUUCUUAGUUCAUUUGAAUAGCCUUUUUGAAUAUUUUUUGAGUAUGUUGAAGUUGUGGAGAUGGUACCAAAAGUGUUUAGCUGUUCAUCCUGUUAAGACACAGGUUAUUAGCUCUGGAUUCAUCUGGGGUGCUGGCGAUGUUGCUGCUCAGUGUGUUACUCACUACACAGCCCAGAAGCGUACUACAGUUGAGUCUCACUCAGAGGAUGACAAUAGAGAAUUCAAGAUCAACUGGAAACGGGUGUCUACUACCAGCUUGUUUGGAUUAGCAUUUGUUGGCCCUGUUGGCCACUUCUGGUAUGAAGGUUUGGAUCGGUUUAUAAGAUUAAGACUCCUGCUUAAGCCCAAUUCCUUCCGCUUCGUUGCUGCCAAAGUUGCCGCAGAUGGAUUUCUCUUUGGACCGCUGGAUUUACUUGUGUUUUUUACUUACAUGGGUUUUUCUACUGGAAAGAGUGUUCCUCAAAUAAAAGAAGACGUGAAGAGAGACUUUCUCCCAGCCUUGGUUUUGGAAGGAGGCAUAUGGCCAAUUGUUCAGGUUGCGAAUUUUCGUUAUGUACCUGUAAGGUAUCAGCUCCUUUACGUCAACUUCUUCUGCUUGUUGGAUAGCUGUUUCUUGUCUUGGGUUGAGCAACAACAGGACGCCCCAUGGAAAGAUUGGAUAAAGUCGCUGCUACCUCUGAAGUAAUCGAGUCGCUUUCAAAUCUCUCUUAAUCGAGCCUUUCCUGUGGUUUUCAUUUCUGAAAACAAGUGACUAGAUUAGAAUUUCAAUUCUGGAAGUGAUGGAAUUGCUUUUUCACAUGAUAUGAUUUAUGAUUUCAUCUUAAAUACGAGUUGACACCAUUUCCAUUGAAUAAACCAGUCACAUUUGCUCAUUA